UUUUCCAUCCGAAGUCAAAAGAAGAAGACCAUUUUUCCAAAGCAUGGAGAGGAAGAAUAACAGUAGCCAAGAUCCAAUCCUUGACAUCCCACUCCUCCAAGAACCUAAUCAUGAACCAGGAGGUGCAACAAUGUCAAGUGCAGUGUUUAACGUUUCGACAACGAUGGUCGGCGCCGGGAUUAUGUCUGUCCCGGCCACGAUGAAGACGCUAGGAAUCGUUCCCGGCUUGAUAUCAAUUCUGAUUGUUGCGUUUUUGGCGGAGGUGACGGUGGACUUCUUAUUGAGGUUCACUCGGUCUGCCAAGUGCACCACCUAUGGUGGGUUAAUGGCCGACUCGUUUGGACCAUUUGGGUCUGUUGCAGUGCAGAUUUGUGUCAUGAUAACCAAUCUCGGUUGCCUUAUCAUUUAUUUGAUUAUUCUUGGGGAUGUUCUCUGUGGAAAUCGAUCCGGAGAAAGCAUACAUACUGGGAUUUUACAAGAAUUGUUUGGAAUUCACUGGUGGAACUCAAGAGCUGUUGUGAUUCUCCUUGUUGUUCUCUUUGUUAUGCUUCCAUUGGUCUUGUUACGCCAAGUAGAUUCACUUAGGCAUAGUUCAGCAGUGUCCAUAGGACUUGCGGUAGUGUUUGUUGUGAUAAGCUCAGCAAUGGCUAUUCAUGCUCUAUGGACUGGAAAAACACAAAAACCAAGACUAGUACCAGACUUUACCAAAGUCUCAGUGCUUGAUCUUUUCACAACGAUUCCGAUUUUUGUCACAGGCUUCGGAUUUCAUAUGGUCGUUCAUCCAAUAAAGGCAGAGCUUCAGAAGUCAUCUGAUAUGAGUUUAGCUGUUAGGAUUUCCUUGCUCAUCUGCAUUGCCAUAUACUUCACCAUCGGUUUUUUUGGUUACUUGCUAUUUGGUGACACCAUCAUGCCCGAUAUGCUGGUGAAUUUUGAUAAGAAUUCAGAUUCAUCCACCGGCCUAGUGAUCAAUGACAUAGUUCGACUGAGCUACGCGAUCCACCUAGCAUUGGUUUUCCCCCUUAUGAACUAUUCUUUAAGGGCAAAUGUUGAUGAAUUUCUCUUCCCAAAGAAGCCUGCUUUGGCAUUAGACACCACCAGAUUUGUGUCCUUAACUUGUGGUUUACUUACAAUUACUUACACUGUAGCUGUUGCCCUUCCAAACAUCUGGUAUUUUUUCCAGUUCAUGGGAUCCACAACCAUUGUUUGCCUCGCAUUUAUAUUUCCUGCUGCAAUUGUUUUAAGGGAUGUACAUGGAAUAUCGACGAAGAAAGAUAAGAUUAUUGCAAUACUAGUGAUUAUCUUGGCUGUGAUGACAAGUGCAGUUGCAAUUUACACAAACUUGCUGAGUUGAAUGGAAAA